AUGAGCGGCGGGCGGCGGAAGGAGGAGCCGUCUCCGCCGCAGCUGGCCAACGGGGCGCUCCGAGUCUCGGCGUGGAGCAAGGCGCUGCGGAGCGACGCGGCCUGGGAGGACAAGGAUGAAUUUUUAGACGUGAUCUACUGGUUUCGGCAGAUUAUUGCUGUGGUCUUAGGUGUCAUUUGGGGAGUAUUGCCAUUACGAGGUUUCUUGGGAAUAGCAGGAUUCUGUCUGAUCAAUGCAGGAGUCCUAUACCUCUACUUCAGCAACUAUUUACAGAUAGAUGAGGAAGAAUAUGGCGGCACAUGGGAGCUCACAAAAGAAGGCUUUAUGACAUCUUUUGCCUUGUUCAUGGUCAUUUGGAUCAUCUUUUACACAGCCAUCCACUAUGAUUGAUGGUAUGCCGCCCACCUGCUCCCUGUCCAUCCAAAGGACUUUUAGAUACAACACGGAAAUGCGACGAUAGGGGCACCCAGAUACAUGGAUCCUGAAGACCCAUGUUUCCUAGACCAAUAAUCAGUGUGUUGGGCAUCAGUCUUUUCUGCAAGGGUUAUGACCUGAACCUUUUAAAAGAAUCUCCACCUUUUGGGGAAGUCUUUCUGAAUUGCCCCUCACCGACCAUUUCUUGGAUUCAUAUCCAUCAUGAAACACCCGAAUGCUGAUUGGAGCUGUUGUUUACUUUGAAGCAUUUCUGGCUUUGGAUGAAACAUUAAAUUGUCUUCCUCA